AUGGCUUCACUCGGCAUCCAAAUGAUCCAGAUUAACUUGCAUUACAGCAAGAGCGCCUCAGCUAUCCUAGCCAGGAGCAUGGCUGUGAUGCAUACAAAUAUUGCACUAAUCCAAGAACCAUGGAUUGUGAAAGGUGCACUCAGCAGCGGGAACCUCACAGUCAUCAAGGUGAGAGUGAAGCUAGCCGAGGAAGAGGACAUGGAAGUAUUAAUAGGGUUAGGUUAUAUGCCCUAUGACUCCACGGAUCCAUCACCACAUGAAGAGGUAAAAAACCUGGUGGCCUAUGCGGAAGCCAGGGGGCUCGAACUCCUGCUGGGUUACGAUGCGAACUCCCACCAUGUAGGAUGGGGAAGCACAGACACCAACCUGCGGGGGGAGAGUCUCCAUGACUAUCUAAUGGGCACAGGAUUAACCAUUUUUAAUAGAGGAAACAAGCCGACAUUCCUGGACUCCAGAAGACAGAAUCCGGAAAACAAGAUCCACUGGUGGAAUAAAGAGCUCGGUAAGCUCAGAUUGGAAACGAGAAAAAAAUUCAGCAAGGCGAAAAGAACAGGACUUGCAGUACACUGGGAGGCCUUUAGAAGCUUCCAACGAGAGUACAGCAAGAAGAUUAAGAAAUCAAAAUGCAAAAGCUGGAGACGUUUCUGUGAAAGCAUUGAGAGCGCCCCGGAGGCAUCCAGGCUUCACAGAAUCCUCAGUUUGAAUCACCGUCCCCAAUUAGGCUGUCUCAAGCUCCCAACGGGGAAUGUCACUAAGAAGGCAACGGACACAUUAAAACAUCUAAUAGAAAUCCACUUCCCAGGUUUUGAUCAUAACAUACAACCCUGCCGACCAAAGCCUAUAGAAUAUAAACCCAGGGACUGGCGUCUGGCAGCUGAGUCUUUAUCCAAGCCUAGUAGAAAUGGCCAUAUAGCAGCCAAAGACUUCAGACCGAUCAGUCUCACUUCCUUUGUACUGAAAACAUUGGAGAGACUGGUCGAUAGAUAUCUGAAAAUUGGCCCUCUGCUAGUACAUCCGCUGUCUCCGGCUCAGUAUGCCUACAGGGAGGGCAGAUCAACAGAUACUGCCUUGCACCAUUUUGUGGGCGGAAUCAAAGUGCAGUUGGAAGCAAAGGGAUAUGCCCUGGGCAUCUUUCUGGACAUUAAGGGAGCUUUCGAUAGCACCUCAUAUGAUGUCAUCAGGGAAGCAAUGACCGGGUAUCACAUUCCCGCUGCUCUAGCAGACUGGACACAAAGCAUGCUAACAGGAAGAACCUUGAUUGCCAAUCAUGGGGACUCAAGUGUGCAUGGUUUCCCCGCUAAAGGAUACCCGCAGGCAGGAGUUUUAUCUCCCCUGCUCUGGUGUCUGGUCGCGGAUGAACGUCUACGAGAAUUACAGAAGAAAGGCUUCCUCUUUGGCUACGCUGAUGACGUGGCUAUUAUAGUGCAAGGUAGUUUUCUUUCAACACUUAAGGAGACUAUGCAGAAAGCCCUUAAGAUCAUGCAAGACUGGUGUCAAUCAAAAGAACUUAGGGCUAAUCCACUAAAAACCAAGGCCAUGAUUUUCACCAGAAAAUACAAACCUGAAGCCAUUGAGCCGCUUAGACUCUGGCGAGAAGAUAUAGAAUACGUCCAGUCAAUAAAAUAUCUAGGAGUCUACUUAGACACCAAACUGAAUUGGAAAACACAUCUCGAUAUAAAGAGAUCCAAAUUUUACGCCUCAUACUGA